AUGGAGUUUUUAUCAAUUCUUGGGGUCAAAACAGCUUGGAAUUUAGUUAACCAAAAAAGGCGAAUAUUACAAGAAUAUCUCACCCAGAUAACUUCAGACCAAAUAAAGACUUCUGUUUUACAGAAAUUUUUUGAAAAGAAAUACUAUAUUUUAGGAGCAGUAUUAGCCAUUUUGGUAAUUUGGCAUGUGCAGACAAAGAGAAAUAAAGAAGAGAGUAAAUACAAGUCAAUUAAGAUGAUAAGACAGGCCUUUAAACUAUGCAAAACUGAAGAAGAAGUAACUCUGAUUAAGAACGAAUGCCUGACUUUCCUGAUCAGUUGCUACAAGCAUAACACUGGACCUAAUAAAUGAAAGAAUAUCAGAUCUGAAAUUGAGAAGAGGCUUUAUGCCCGCUAGGAGCAGCACAGUCUGGAUAUCGAGUACUUCAAUUCCACAG